AUGGCGAAGCUCGAAGAAAUAGACAAUUCCGAGGCCAAAAUCAAGAAGAAGAGGAAUCAUGGAUCCACCAGAUUCUUUGUCUUUGUUGAUUACCUUUUCCUCUUUAUUUUUCUGGGUUUCCUAUGCUUCAUCAUCUUCAAAAUUCUUGUUUCUUGUGGUGUUGGGAGUCGUAUCAUGUCGUGUGGCAGAUCUAAUUCCAAACCUGGAAGGUUGUGGCAUGUGCAGUUUUGA